UAUUUUUUUUUUUUAAUUGACAUUACAGAUAUAUUUUCACGUCAAUUUGACUUUAAGACGUAUCAAUAUAAACGUAUUUAUGUAUUAGAAUAUCGCAUAUAAACAAAGCACAAAAGAAUGCGUAGAGUUAUUGGCAUCGUCACGUGAUUCACCAUGGCAACGCUGGCUGUCAUCAGUUCCGCGCGAGGAAAGGUGUUGAGUAUUCAGAGCCGGGCAGGCGGGAUGCACACAUAGUUUUAAUGCCCUCUGGAUUAAAGAAAGCUCUAAUAUUAUCGCUUGAUUGCUUGAUUCUUAUCAAAGAUCACUACGCGCCGACAAAAUGAGUCAUCUGAACCCAGGUCUUCUUUCAGCUUACAAUAGCUUAACUGACAAACAUCUGACUGGAUACUUCAACAAUGUGAGAAUACGAAGACAUCUUCAGAAAGUUGGGCUGAUCACCCGGAGCGGACGGAUUGUUCCCGAUAAGGAGUACAGGCACAAGCUGAUCCAGCGAGCGCAUCAGAGACAUGUGAGAGAGUGUCUGGCUCAGGCCAUCUUUCACAAGGUGCUAGACAUGGAGCGUCUUCAUCAAACCGAGAUCAAGAGAAAACUCGAAGAAUUUGCACGGAGGGAACGAAUCCACAAAAUGAAGGCUGAGCGCUCCAAAAGAUAUGAAGAUGAACCAGUGCUAAUGCUGUCACCUCGGCCACCCACGGGGCCAAAGAUCUCACACGCACGGCAUUCUGGGCCGGAGGGAGAGCAUUCUGAGUCAACAGAAUCUCCGAGUUCCUCAAGGCCCAACACGGCUCCAGGGAAAAUGCAGAGGCCUGUUCGACUCAAGCCCCUGAACAGUAACAGUGCCACGGCCUCUCUGAAGAGAACCUCCCCUCGACACAGACCCCCGGAGCGGGACUCCUCUAACGACACCGAUCAGCCCCUCAGUUAUGCGCUGGACAGAGACGCCAUGAGACAUUUGACCAUGACAGACUGCUCUAGCACUGUCUCGCCCUACCGUCUUCCUGUCAUUAACAACUAUGUGACCCCUGUGCCGCCCCUCACAAAGAAAAAAGAGAGAGGGCCGAGAGCAAACGGCACACUCAGGGGUCGAAAGUUAAGACCCACUACAGCACCAACAGCUGCUACAGAGCCGUCUUCUCUCCAGAGGACAUCAGCCCAGAGUAAAGUGACAGUAAGCAUGGUGUACUUUGGGAAGAGUGUUCACCUGUCCCAUGAUUUGAUGGACCUCAGAGAUGAGGUCAAGGUCUUCCAGCAGCACUGUGGAGGAGAGAACCUGUGUGUCUAUAAAGGGAAGCUGAGCGAGGGAGAAGUGUUCCAGUUUGUGUCAAGACGUCACCAAGGAUUUCCAUUUAGUCUUACAUUCUUCCUGAAUGGCUUGCAAGUGGAUAGGCUCAGCUCCUGCUGUGAGUUCAAACACAGGAAAGGCUCUCGGCUCGGGGGCAGACAUGGACACUUUGGAUUUUGUGGUGUGGAAGGAGCCUCUCCUUGCUACAAGUGUAUUAUUGCCAUGGGCUUGGAUAAAAAACCCACACCACCUCAAAAAAGAGUGAAAGAGGAGCUGCCCACCUCUAAAUCCCCUGAUGCUAAGGAGGCCACAUAUGUAGAUGAAGAUAUAGACACACGUUCUAACGUAGAGCCUGACACACCUCAGGAAAUGGAGACAGAGCCUGAUGGAGAAACAACAGGGAAGAAAAAGACCAAAGAUGACUAUGAGGAAGACUUUGAGGCAGAUGAUGAAGGGCCAGUUGAAGAUGGUGAUGAAGUAGAGGAAAAGCCAUCUUCUGCUGCCAAUGGUGGAGAAAAAGAACCUGAGACCAGGGAUGAAAAUGACAUCAAUGAAGACAUAAAUAAAGUGAAAAGCAACUCUGACAGUGAUGACGCCAGUAUGUCUAAGGUCAAAAGGUCAUCAUCUGUCUCAUCUGGACGAACGUCCAGCUUGUCCAGCAGUGACAAUGACAACAGUGAAAGAGAAAUUGUGGAGGACACCAAAGAAGUCACCACUGCUAAUGUUCCAGAGGAGAGCUUACAUGCAGAGGAAGACCUCACCACAGCUGAGACCAAACCGGAGGAGACAGAGGUCACAGAGUCCAGCGACAUUACAUUACCUCAAGCUGCAGCGGAAGACUCUGGGACACAGGAUAGUCCAGUGGAUGGCAUGGAGAAGAGCGACCUGGAAAUGUCAGAAGACACAGACAAGAAAGAGGGAACUGAAGGUGAGCAAUCUGGGGAGGAUGCCAAACCUGAAGAUAAGCCUCAAGAGAAUGAGCCGGAGAGAGCCAAGUCAAUGCAAGAGAAGUUGGCUGAGGCCAUUUUCAAGGAAUCUCAAUGUAGUUCAGAGCCAGAGUUUAGUGAUACAAGCACAGAGGAAGAUGAAGGGGCCUCUGUGAAGACCCAACAGGAUGGCCAAGGAACAGAAAUGGAGAGUGCGGUGGGUUUCACUUCACCACAACCAUCAAACACACAGGAUGAUGUUCCAGAGAAAAGUGAAGCCAAGACACAGAAGUCUGUAUGUGAGGAAAGAGUACAGGAGGCUCAUGUCCACACAGAAGAAGAAAUAGGAGAGACUCAGGAGGCAACUUUAGACAUAGAAGAAAUGCAGAAGGAAGAACAAAGUGAGAGGACAAAUGAAGUUGAACAACCAGAUGAAAGAGAGGAAGUAAAAACUGAGACUGAGGACAUGCAGGAGAAAGAUAAGGAUGGGGAAAAUACAAAUGUAGAGGUUAAUACAGAGUCUAAUGAGGAAGAGAAAGACUCAUUAGUACAGGAACCAGAGACACAUACUGAAAUGCUGGACACUGGAAAUACAGACACUGAGGUUCCAGAGAUGGAGGAGAUGGAUUUGGUAUCUCAUACAGAGAAUGAUACAGAAACAGGUGCAGGUGACACUCAGAGGGAGCGAGACACUGAUGACGCAGAUCAGAACAUAGAGAGGAGGAGCGAUGGACAGCCAGACAGAGAUGAAAGAGAAGACCUAUCAGAUGAGCCUGGGGAUGAUAGGUCAACUGGGGAAAUGGUACAGAAGACAGAUGGCAAGGUGGAUGGUGAGGGCUCUGUUGGUAAGGAGGAAGUUGGUGAAAAAUCUAGUGAAGAGAAAGAUGAGACAAAGGUUGAGGAUACAAGUGAAGAUUUGGGAGUAGAGGAGGCAGAGAAACCUGGGAAUGAAGAGAUCCAAGUUGGCGAGAAAGAAAAUGAGUUAGAGGGUAAAGAGGAAGAUGGUGAAAAAUCUAUUGAAGCGAAAGAUGAGACAAAGGUUGAGGAUACAAGUGAAGACUUGGAAAUAGAGGAGGCAGAGAAACCUGAGAAUGAAGAAAUCCAAGUUGGCGAGAAAGAAAAUGAGUUUGAGAUUGAGGAAGAUGGUGAAAAAUCUAGUGAAGAGAAAUAUGACACAAAGGUUGAGGAUUCAAGUGAAGAUUUGGGAGUAGUGGAGGCAGAGAAACCUGCAAAUGAAGAGAUCCAAGUUGGCGAGAAAGAAUAUGAGUUAGAGGGUGACCAAGAAUCAAAGGCAGAAGAUAAACAAAAUAAGGACAGUACAGAAAAAGACAAGGAUGGUGUGAAUGACGACCAUAAAGAAAGUGAAGAUGGAGAACUAUCUAGUGAGGCUGUAAAUAGACUAAAUGAGUCACAGGAAAGUCAAGAUGUGAGGGCAGAGGGUAAUGAAAAAGAGGAUGAUGGUGUGAAUGAUGAACAAAAAGAAACAGAAGAUGGAGAACAGGUUAGAAACAUACUUAGUGAUGGAGCCGAGGAAGAAGGGCCUGAGAAACUGAACAGUGAGGUUGAGAUUGAAGGAGAAAUCAAUAAAGGGAAAGAUGAAAAGAUGGAAGAUAGGUCUCAGGAAGAGGAAGAAGAAGAGGACAAGAUGGAUGAGAUGGCAGAGGGAACAGAUGGAAAUUAUGUAGAUAAUGAGGCAAAAGACAAAAAGCAUGAGAAUAAGUUAGAAACAGGUGAAAAGUUGAUAGAAGAGCCAGAGAAGGAGAUGGCAGAUAUAAACGAGAUUAGUGAGAAUUCAUUAGAGGCAGGAGAUGGAAAAGAGAAUACAGCCCAAAAAUUAGAAGACAUCUUUGAGGACCAAAAUGAGGAAUCAGUUUCACAGGAAGAACAUAAUGAAAUGGGUUCCAGCAGGGCGCCCAAGGAUGACACAGAGGCCAGUACCAAGGAAGAACUAGGUGAACCUGCCGAGGUGAAUAAUGACCUGCUAGAUAGUAACAUAGAUGCUGAAAAUGGAGAGGGACAAGACGUUGGUCGUGAGGAGGCUGAGAAGGUGGAAGAUUAUCUCCAAGAGGAAAUGCAAGAUAAAUCAGAGGGUGAGACAGGUGAUAGUGCUCAAGAAGUUAUGGAUGACAAUGAAAAGCCAGAGACUGAUAAAGAUGUGAAAGAAGAAGAAAACGAUAAUGGCAAAGAGCAUGAGAUGGAAAACAAGUUGAAUGCUGAAGUUAUUCCCUCAGAAAUAGAGUCUCAGUUGGGCAGUGAACAUGAGGACCAGGGCAGUGACAACCAAAAAGCUGACAAAGAGGAUGACAAAGAAGAGGCUGACAAAGAAUCAGAAACCUCUGCAACAACAUUCAUAGAAAACAUAACUCCUCAAAUAACACAGAUGAUAGUCAAUAAGGAUACAGAAAGUGAGAUUGUCUCAGCAGAAGCUAAAGUUACAGCAGAGGAACCAGAACUGAAGGGUACUGACGAUGAACUGAGAAGUAGAGAUGCUCCUGAAGGGAUGGACAGUGAUACAGCGCAACCUUUGGAUCUUGUGAGUAACUGGAUUAACAUACACCAAGAGUCAAAGUAUUUUCAGACGUUCAUCGAACCCCUCGAUGAAGAGGGUUUAAUCUCGGAAGAAACCGAGGAGAGACUAAAUGGUGAAGUGUUACAUGCUACAGAUACACCACCAAGUACUGAUAUUGGGGGCCUUGAUGAAACACUCAAGAGUAGAGAUGAAACUGCAACUCCCAUAAGGAACAACCAGAAUGAGUACACAGAGUCUGUAGUCGAAAGCUUGAAAACAGAGACUAAAGUUGAGGCUGUAGAAGCAGAUGCUUACAGUAAUCACUCUAAAGACAGCAUACAAUCUUCAACCAAAGAUGAAAGAGUCCAGAAGGCUGGAGAUACUAGAGGUUCUUUGGUCACUUCCUGGUCAAGAGAGAGUAAUAAUGAAGACACCAAUCAAAAAGACACUGCUAGACAGGAAACUUUGACAUCAGAUGACGUCAUAAACAUGGGGACAACAGCAACAUCUGAAGACAUUCAAGACAGAGCCCCAUCUGAAACUGAACAACAGAAUGUACCUAGAAAUGUCGACCUGAAUGUAAAAGAGUCUGAACAAUGUAAUCAGCAAAAUAUGACUGAUAAAACCAAACAUUUAGCCCAAACAGAGGAAGCAAGUAACAAAGAGACCUUGGAGAGUUUGGAAGACAAUUUGAAAACUGAGCAUGAACCUCAGUCAGAGUAUAUCGAGCCACAGAGUCCGACAAUCACAGUAAUUACAGACCUCAAAAUUGUCAAUAAAUCGGAAAAUGGGAGCCAAGAUGACACAGCAAGUGUAGACUUCCAUUCCAGACAGUCAGAUGGAAGCAGGAACGUGAAUGGAAACAGGAGAACAAAAGUAAUUGAUGGCCAAUUCAAACAGACUCUAAGCACAGAGACCUUAAGCACUUUCUCAUUGGAUGACUCAAGAUUUUUUGGGCCCGCAGGUUAUCCGAGAUUAACGACUGCUCACACGGAGAACAGUUAUUAGUACAAUAGUAAAUCCUUCACCUAACCCAGGGGUGUCCAGUCCUACUCCUGGAGGGCUACUGUCCUGCAGAAUUUAGGUCUAACCCCAAUUAAACACAUUUGAACCAGUUAAUCAAGGCCUUCAGGAUUACUAGAAAAUUCCAGACUAGUGUAUUGGGGCAGGUUUGAGCAAAACUCUGCAGGGCAUCUGCCCUCCGAGAGCAGGAUUGGACACCCCUGCUUCAACCCAUAUUGAUGGGUUUAAAAUAAUGGCACUUCCUUUUCCUUAUCAGAGACCUAUAGUGAAUCCUGUGUGCUUGGUAGGGAAGCUAUCAACAUCCCACUGAAAAUAGACACCGUAGAAAGCACACAGCACAAAUAAUUUAAUUAUUCAUGAUGUGGAGCCCUCCAGUUGGUUAGGCUGCUCUAGCAGUAUACCGACACACUUCAGACAUGCAUACCUUAACUAAAAGAAUUUAACUAAAACCCCAAUGCCUGCACUUUCCUCCGUGUUCCUAAUUAAUAUCUGGAACACUUUAAUUUGCGGUUGCACAGUGUGAUGUGAAUGACAUGAACACCUUGCUGAUUUCUGGCACUAGUUUAAUGGUGUUCUCAUGAUUUUACACUGGAUUAAUCAUCCAUCAUCAGUUCACAUACAUUGCUAUGAUACCUUCUUUCUUCCUAGUUUUUUUCCUUGUUUAUUAUU